GCGGGGCGGGGUCGGAAGCGGAAGUGACCGCAGAAGCGCGGCGGCGCGAUGGCGACGGCGGUGUGGGCGGCUGCGCGGCUGCUCCGGGGAUCUGCGGUGCUGUGCGCGCGGCCCAGGUUUGGAUCUCCUGCACACAGACGGUUCAGCAGUGGCACCACCUAUCCCAACAUCCCCCUCUCUUCUCCCUUGCCUGGAGUGCCCAAACCUAUUUUUGCUACAGUCGAUGGACAGGAAAAGUUUGAAACCAAAGUUACCACUCUGGACAAUGGGCUUCGUGUGGCAUCUCAAAAUAAGUUUGGACAAUUCUGUACUGUAGGAAUUCUUAUUAAUUCAGGAUCACGAUAUGAAGCGAAAUAUCUUAGUGGAAUAGCUCAUUUUUUGGAAAAAUUGGCAUUUUCGUCCACUGCGCGAUUUGACAGCAAAGAUGAAAUUCUGCUUACACUGGAAAAACAUGGUGGUAUCUGCGACUGCCAGAUCUCAAGAGACACCACCAUGUAUGCUGUGUCUGCUGACAGCCAAGGCUUGGACACUGUGGUGGGCCUGCUGGCUGAUGUGGUUCUGCACCCCCGCCUGACAGAUGAAGAAAUUGAGAUGACGAGGAUGGCUGUGCAGUUUGAACUUGAGGACCUGAACAUGAGACCUGAUCCAGAGCCACUGCUCACCGAGAUGAUUCAUGAAGCUGCUUUUAGGGAAAACACAGUGGGCCUGCACCGGUUUUGCCCUGUAGAAAACAUAGCGAAGAUUGAUCGAAAAGUGCUGCAUUCCUACCUGAAGAACUACUACACCCCUGACCGCAUGGUGCUUGCUGGGGUGGGCGUGGAGCAUGAGCACCUGGUAGAAUGUGCCAGAAAGUACCUCCUGGGAGCUGAGCCUGCGUGGGGAGCCCCUGGAACGGUGGACGUGGACAGAUCAGUGGCACAGUACACUGGGGGGAUCAUCAAGGUGGAGAGAGACAUGUCAAAUGUCAGCCUUGGCCCAACCCCAAUUCCAGAGCUCACACACAUCAUGGUGGGACUGGAGAGCUGUUCCUUCCUGGAGGAGGACUUCAUCCCCUUUGCUGUGCUGAAUAUGAUGAUGGGAGGAGGGGGCUCCUUCUCAGCUGGAGGGCCUGGCAAAGGCAUGUUCUCCAGGCUCUAUCUCAAUGUGCUCAAUCGGCACCACUGGAUGUACAAUGCAACCUCCUACCACCACAGCUAUGAAGACACAGGCCUCCUAUGCAUUCAUGCCAGCGCAGACCCAAGACAAGUUCGAGAAAUGGUAGAAAUCAUCACAAAGGAGUUUAUCUUGAUGGGCAGGACGGUGGAUUUGGUGGAGCUAGAGCGGGCCAAGACACAGCUGAUGUCCAUGCUCAUGAUGAACCUGGAGUCCAGGCCGGUGAUUUUUGAGGAUGUGGGGAGGCAGGUGUUGGCUACACAUUCAAGAAAGCUGCCCCACGAGCUGUGUACACUCAUUCGCAAUGUGAAGCCAGAAGAUAUCAAGAGGGUUGCUUCCAAGAUGCUCCGUGGCAAGCCUGCUGUGGCCGCCCUGGGUGAUUUGACUGACCUACCCACCUAUGAGCACAUCCAGGCAGCGCUGUCCAGCAGAGAUGGGCGCCUGCCCAGAACAUACCGGCUGUUCCGGUAGAGUCCCUCAGGGCUGGCUGCAGAAUGCGUGUGUGCAUGUUACUGUUGGUGUAGACACUGCAUAAGGAUUGCUAGCUGUGUGAACAGUGCCAACAGUGAAACUCUGGAAACUUGAAUGAACGUUACUGUUGCCACUGCACCUUUGUGUGUCUCAAACACAAGCAGCUUGAUCUUCA